AUGGAGAGCAGAAAAGUGACCAUGUUAGUGACAAUAAUGAUAGUUAUGAUGAUUGGAAACCUUUUAGAUCAAUCGAAGGCUCAAGAAUCUUCUUUAGGUCAAAGAGAGGCUGAGAAAAUCUCUUUUAUGCACUGUUUUCCAUCUUGUCUUGCAGAGUGCAAAAGUACUCACCAGUUUCCAGCGUUUCUCAAGUGUCCAUUUAUAUGUCUUAAAACCUGUCUUCAUCCAACUACACCAUCACCAUCACCAUCUCCAUCACCGUCUCCAUCUCCGUCUCCAUCUCCAUCUCCAUCUACUCUUUCAAAGAAUUAA